AUGUCGAAGUUCACCCCCACACCCCAAGAACUCGCCCUCGUCAACACCAUCUUCACCCAGGCGGACGCGCAGAAGAUAGGCGUCGUCACCGGGGAUGCCGCGGUCAAGAUCUUCAGCGGCUCUAAGCUGCCACCCUCCGUGCUCGCCGAAGUCUGGAAUCUCGCCGACGAGGACAACAACGGCGUGCUGACCCGUAAGGGCGUCGGUAUCGCUGUCCGCCUCCUUGGGCAUGCACAGCGCGGCGAGAGGCUGUCGGAGGCCCUUGUCAGCAAACCUGGACCUAUACCCACCAUUGAGGGCCUCCCACCAGUCGCAACCCCCUCGAGCUCUGGCGUUCCCCCCGCCAGGUCGCCACCACCCGGUUUCCCGCCCAUUACGCCUCAGGACAAGGCGAAGUUCUUGAAGCUGUUCCUGGGCUGCCACCCCGUUAAUGGACUAUUAAGCGGCGAGAAGGCACGGGAUGUGUUCGUCAAGUCUAAGCUGUCAGUCGACAAACUGUCGCAAAUAUGGAACCUUGCGGACACAAAGAACCGCGGCUCUCUGGACGCGACAGACUUCACGAUCGCCAUGUACCUCAUCCAAGCCUCAAUGUCCGGGCAGUUAAAGAGUCUACCCGCGUCCUUGCCCCACUUCAUUUACGACCAGGCCACGAAUGGCGUCGUCCCACAAGCAACAGGCGGCAGCGGACAUAUCAGCCCUUCGCUCACUGGAGGGUUCCCUGGUGGAUCUGUACAGCCGCAGUACACAGGUCAAGCAUUAUCGUCCAUUCGACCGCAGAUGACCGGCCAGACAUACUCAUCCAUCCAACCGCAAAUGACUGGCCAAAUGAUGUCAACACCCACAGCGCCACCCUUACCUGCGCGGUCUGCAGCACCCUCGACGUCGAGUUCUGCCUUCCCCUUCCUCCAGCAGCAGUCUACGGGCGCUACCCCUCAGUGGGACGUCACCCCGCAGGAGAAGGUGAAUGCGGACCGGAUAUUCGACACUCUCGACACAUCGAAGCGUGGCUAUAUCGAGGGUGACGUAGCGGUCCCAUUCAUGCUUCAAUCAAAGCUUCCCGAGGACGUGCUUGCUCAAGUCUGGGAUUUGUCGGACUUGAACAACGACGGGCGCUUGACGCGCGACGGCUUCGCAGUCGCUAUGCAUCUCAUCCAAGGGAAGCUCGCGGGCAAGGACGUCCCGUCUUCCCUCCCAGUUUCACUGGUGCCCCCAGCGAUGCGCGGCUCUGGGUCCGCUCUUGCGGCUCCCUCACAGCCUGCGGUGCCCGAGGCGAUCAGGGACCUGCUCUGGGACGAUUCCCCUCCGGCUUCUGCGACUGCGCCCACGCACUCUCAAUCUUUCAUGCAGCCUCAAGCUACCGGGUCGUUCAUGCAGCCUCAGGCUACGGGAUCUUACUCGCAGGCCCAAGCCACAAGAUCGUUGUCUCCCCACCCGGCACCUACUAUGUCGCCUCCUCCUGCCGCGCCUGUGUCAGACCCCUUCGCAGGAGGUCCCUUCGGUGGUUACAGCGCCCCAGCACCUCCUGCGCCGCACAAGGACCUACUAGGCGACGACGACGAGCCUCACGCCAGCUCGCCUCCUUUGCACGACCAGUCUGCCGAGAUCGGGAACGUCAAGAACCAGCUCAGCUCCACCAACCGGUCGUUGGACACUGCUAAGAACGAACGCGAACAGCUUGAGCGCCUGUUGACAGAGCAGGCGGCCCAGUUGGCCAGCUUGCAGACACAGCUGUCGUCUGCCAAGGCCUCCUAUGACACUGAGACUCGUCUGCUGAGCACCCUCAAGGAUCGCUUCGCCGGUCAGAGCGCCGAGAUUCAGAAGACGCGCGAGGAGUUGAUCCGCGCCGAGAGUGACUUGAGCGCGACAAAGGUCGAGAAGGCCGAGGUGGAAGGUGCGCUCCUCCGCGACAAGGAGGAGGUCCGGGAUCUCCAGAGGAAGAUGUCCGAGGUCGGCACGCUGAUUGAGGCGACGAAGGCUGAGGUCGAGAAGCUUAAGAAGGACGCUAAGCAACAGAAGGGCCUCCUCGCCAUUGCCAAAAAGCAGCUCGCGACCCGGGAAGCGGAGAAAGCCAAGUACGAGAAAGAGCUCGAGGACGCCCGCGCGGAGUUGCAAGAGACGACGAAGGAGCGUCAGGACGCCGAAGCACAGCUAAGCACCGUGGAGGAGCCCCGUGCCUUGUUCACGAAUGGACACGUCUCUCCUCCGCCGCCUGCGGUUAGCCCCGACUCGUCCUUGGUCUUUGCGGCCGGACAGCCGCUCCCGAUGUCCCCGGAGGUGUCGCCUCCCGCAUCUAUCAUGGGCAAGAGUACCAACCCAUUCGACAGGUUGGCCAGGUCUGCGAGCCCGCGCCCGGAGUCUCCGUUCCUUCCCUUUGCCGCGUCAUCGGUUCUGCCGACGCCCACUGCCGCCCCUACGGCGGCGGCUGAAGAGGACAGCGCGGAAGAUCCGUUCGGGUUCAAGGCGUUCACUCCCGAGCCUGAAGUUCAGGCAGCCGAGCCCGAGACUCCCAAGCCCUCCGCAUCCCCCGCCCCGUUGGUCAUCGGGUCCCCGCACUCGCAGGAAGUCGUGUCGCCCGCGGACACCGACCUGUUCACGACACCUCCGACGACCGCUACCAGCCACGAGCAUGUCAUCGCGCCUCAGCCCGAAGACCCUACUGUUUCUCACUUCCCUGCUAUCGAUGACAACGCGACGGACGAGAGCGCGCCCACGCCGACCGCGCCAGCGACCGCCACCCCUCUCAGUCCACAGCUUGAUGGAGAAGACACGGAUCUCAUGCACCAAUUGAAGGAGCUCGAACCGGAAGAGUCCGACACAGACAGCAGCAGCGACGAUGAGGACAACGAGCCGCUUACUUCCGUGAAGGCGAAGCUCACUGGCGAUCACGCCAACGGUGCUGCCACUAGCGGAUCGGCGUUCGACGACUCGUUUGGAAUCUCGAGCACCCCGCAGCCUCAGCAGACCUCGGUCCCAGCAGAAGACGCUUUCUCAAGCCCGGGUCCCGCUGAGAGCACCCCGGUGCAGGCAUCUGGCGCCGUGACAGACUUCGCGAGCAUGUUUGAGACGCCGGCUGUGUCCAGGGAGCCGCCGCCGUCCGCGCCCAUCCCCGCCGUGGCGGAGAACGCGAAGCCGAAUGGUAACGCGUUUUCCAGCGCAGGUGUCAGCGAGUUCGACCACGCCCUAGGAAAGCUCCCUAGCCUGGACAGCAGCGCCACAUCGUCCCAGUUUACGAACCUCGCGUUUGACUCCGCGUUCGAGGACAACUUUGACUUCGCCGCUGCCACCGCCGCCCAGCCUGCGGUCAGCAACGGGACGAUCUCCGAGACGGCGGGCGCUGCAGCAUUCCCGCCGCCACCCUCGGGCUCCCACUCGACCGCCCCCCGCCAGAGCAGCACCUUUGACGACGUAUUCGGGACGAGUGCAAGCGCCGCGCCUUCGUCAGCCCCUGCACCCGCUCCUGCGCCCGUUCAGCCGAUCUUUCCUACUCCUGCGCCAUCCCACUCCGCGCUCGCUGGGAAGGGGAUCUCCUUUGACGAUGCGUUCGGAGCUUCCAACGGCACAGCCAGCGCAGCGCCCAAUCUGAACGCCAGUACCUCGUCUUCGCGCAGCAACGGGGGUUUUUCUUUUGACGACGCGUUUGGUGGUGAGGAACCGUCGCUCGCCCUGGACACCUCCUUCACCAGCCAAACGCCGUCCUACCAACCUCCUCCCGGCCCUCCCCCCAACAAGGCUGGGCCAACGCCGUUCCCGACGUCGUCCGUAGCGUCUUCACCCCGCGGAUCGAGCUCGACGCAGCCAGGCAGACGUUCGGAGUCUCCUUCGGCACCGCGUGUCUCCUCGCCAACCCCUCGCCACGCAUCUCCACCGCCGCGCCACGCGUCGCCCAAGCCCCGUCCGUCAACGGGCGAUUCAACUAAGGAGAAGGCCGCUGCCACGCGGCACAACAGACUGAGUAUCCGUCUGCCGUUUGGACGCAAGAAGAAGAACCACGAUGCGCCCCCGGUGCCGUCGCUUGCGCAGCAACAGAUCGUCGAGGACCCUACGCCUGCGGUGGAGGACGACGUGGAGGCGGUGAAGACGCUCUGCGGGAUGGGUUUCAGCCGGACGCAAGCGGUGACCGCGCUCGAGGAGCACAGUUACGAUGUCCAGAGGGCCCUUAAUAGCUUACUAGGUCAAUAAUUUGAGACUGCUGCCGGACUCUUCUUCCACUGCGUUCUUCCUAUUCCUUCCUUCUCCGGAUUCCGGAUGUGAAUGUCUCCAUUCCUAUGACCACGGGCACCCUACCUGUACUCGCCGCUCGUUCGCUCACCCCUGCUCGCGCCACCCUCGUUUGGAUAGUCUUAUGAUGUCGCCUUCCUUAUUCUUUCCUCUCCCGCUGCGUUGUUCCGAGACCAAGACUAAGUAAUCCCCCUAUUCUCCGAUGGACGUUCCUUGUUUCGCCUCCCGCGAUCCCGGUGGGCGUCCUCGCCCUCACGCCUCGAGGCGGGCGCUCGUGCAGCCCGCCACACCUAUCCGUCAUACCACGUACGUACGAGCCCCUGUCCGUCAAUUGACCUCUUGUCCAC